UGUCAUUGUUGGCACCUCCCCUUAUCCAUUUUCACCUCCAAAACUAGACUUUUAAUACACCACACCAAAUUAGUCCAACACCAUUACAGCCAUCCGCCCUCAUCAGGUUAGCUUUCUCGAAGUUGAGUAACGUACACUUCUUCUCUUCUUUUUUUUUUUUUGUUGUUUUUGUUAUCCAUUUAUAGGUACCUUUCUUAAUCUUGAUCAAGAUUGCAUUUUUUUUUUUUGGGGGUUUCUGGUGGUGAAAUGUUCAAAAAUUGAGAUUGCUUUCCUGUGGUGAAAAAUCAAUCUAUGAUAUCUAUAGUUUGCACAACCCUUUUGGGCAUUUGUCUUCUCCAAUCUUUCUCUGUUGUUUUUCUUUACCAUUUCUAUGUGAUUUUUUGAUCUAACCCCCAGAUUCUAAGGCCUUCGAUUUUUAGCUUCAUCUGAAUCUUGUCCCUGAAAUUGUAGAAAAAGUUAGCAUUUUUAGUUUAAUCCACAUUGUUUAAGAAAAUAAAGGAGGCCCAAAUAGAGAAAAUGUCAUCAGAAAGUGAUCAGAGAUAUGCAGUGAUGGAUGAAAAGAAGAGGAAAAGAAUGAUUUCCAAUAGGGAAUCUGCGAGGAGGUCAAGGAUGAGGAAGCAAAAGCAAUUGCAGGAUUUGACAGAUGAAAUGGGCAGAUUGGAGGUGGCAAACAAUGGCAUUGACGGCAAGAUUGAUGGGAUUACAGAGAAAUAUAUGAUUUGUGCAGCUGAGAAUAAUGUCUUGAGAGCUCGGCUAACGGAAUUGACUGAGAGAUUAAGAUCAUUGAAUGAUGUGAUCAAGAAUUUGGAAAUGGUUGGGGAUGCUACUCAAUUGCCUGAUCCUCUGCUGAAGCCUUGGCAGGUUUCUUGCUCAAUGCAGCCUAUCCCUGCUUCUUCAGGAAUAUUUCAGCUCUGAAAUGAUGGCGAUGUCGACCUUAAUGGGCUUCCCUCCUUUGCAGUAAAUAGCCUUUUGGAUAUUCGUUUAGCUUAGUUUGUGUCUGGAUUUCUGUUUAUUGUAUGCUCUGUCUGUAUUAGUUUUAACUCAUCAUGUAGCUGUUAAAUGUUUUGUUGAGGUCAUGGACUAUUGCCUCCUCUCAUUUAUGUUAGUGUGGAAUCUAUCAGCCGUUUACUCUUGACCAGUGAGGCAAAGGGUAUAUCCCAUUAUGUUUGUGAAAGCAGAUAUCCUAUGUAUGUUUGAUCUUCUCUUGGGAAUUCAAAAGUUUGAAGAUUUAGUAA